CUUAAAAGCUCUUAAAUUUCUUGUUACUGUUAUUCAGUAUAAAAAUGAAAUAAUUUAUUUGUAAAAUAAGGGAUUUCGCGAUAUUAUUUUUACUAACUAACUCGAUAUUAAUUUCAAAUGUAACCGUUGCGGAGAGAAGGGCUUCUGAUAUGUGAAAAUGACACGACAGAAUCAAGAAUUGUGUCAACAAGGAAACGGUCAGAUCCCACGACUGUCGUCACAACAUCGGCUUCCGUUUCGUUUGCUUGAUAAAAAUAGCACUGGUACGAUAAACAAUUAUUUCCGUUCUCGUAAACACAGCCAAAUACUGAAAAAGGAUGAAGUUAAGCAAACGGUAACAAUCCGUCGACCCCGACGAAGUCGAACUGUUUUCACUAAAUUACAAAUCGCAGAACUAGAACAACAAUUUCAGCGUGCAAAAUACUUAUCCACAAUAAGCUUGGCAGAGUUAUCGAAUAAGCUAACAAUAGGGCAACCUCAGGUGAAAACAUGGUUUAAAAAUCGAAGACGGCGACAUAAACUGCAGUCAAAUACAAAUAUGGGUCCCUCGUCAUCUUUAUAUACUUACAAUUUUCCAUGUUCACCUUUGUCGUCUAUUAGUACGAAAGAUACACAAAGUAGCAGUAAUAACAACAGAACUGCAAAAUCCAAUAAUCAGUCUUUAAGUGAUCAUAAAAAUAAUGGUACUGUGGUUAUAUCAGUACCAACAGAUACCACAAAUAGACGAAGAGGAAAUAAUAUAGACUCGUAUAAUGAGAACUCGUAUUCCUAUUAUAAUAACGAAAUCAUAAACUCUGCUACAACUCCAAUAACAAUUGCACCUCUAACACAUGCGCAUGUUUUUCCAUCAUCUGAAACUGCGACGACACUGAGUGUUGCACAGUUUUGCCCGCCACCACCCUCUGUAAAGGCUCUACAGCAACAUCAGCAUAGUCAUAAACAACAACAGUCAACAUAUCCCAAUCAACAUCAAAAUGAAAAAUAUGAGUUUCAGAUAAAAGUACAAGAUGCAAACAAUGUUGGUAGCAGUAGCGGGUAUACUGUCACGUCAAAGUUAAGUGUUGAUUGUCGUUUCAAGAGUCCACUUAAACCAUAUUCUUACACAGAUGUGGAUUUUGCAACAUCUACAAUGAUAACAAACUCCGAACUUUGUGAGUCCUUAAGAAUUUUAAAUGAUGAAAACUCCAGUCUUAGCAACGAUAGGAACCAUGUAAGUGGCGCAGGUAGCAAGCACAUCGUGGUUUCUGACGAAAUGAAUGAAUCUUGUAUUCCAACGUUACAGCUUCUUGCAAACAAUGUCGAUUUGUGUGACGAUGUUCUUUCUUUAGGUAGCAAUUUUGGUGGCGCAGUUAAUAUUAUGGAUGAGUGUAGUAGCGCAUUUUUCAAGUAUAACAGAUUGCCUAUGCCUAAUCAUGGAUCGAAUUAUAACUGUACGAUGGAUACGAUAAUGCAAUCGUAUAAUAAUAAUAAUCACCGUCAUACAUCCUAUAACCAGCAAUUCGCGUAUUGUUAAUUUAUGUUAAAUUUAUUAAAUGUCUAAUGUACGCACGUAUUGUUUUCAUUAAUUAAUUUGCA